AUUCUGAUCACCCACUGCCUUUCGAACACAAUGACUAUUCUUCCUAACGGCGUCUACCGUAUCACCCAGUGGGGUUCUCAUGGCCAGACUCCUCAGGUUUUAACCCUCCUCGAUGGACAGGUUACCGCCCUUCCUCCAGGUGGAGCGCCUGAAAGAGACCAAGAAUGGCGUCUCCAAAACCUACCCAAUGGCAAAGUCGCCAUCCAGAUCCCCGCGGAUAUCUUUCCUUCCCGUUCCCUUUCUUAUGAAGGGGAAGCGGAGCAGGGCAAGAGGAUCAUACCUGGACGCGUUUGGGACUUCCCGACUCGUGAAUGGGAGAUUGAAGUUGCGCCACAGAAGCCAUUGCCUGUACCUUACUUCAUUCGAGUUCCUGAGAAAGAUCUUAUUGCCGUAGUUUCCCCCAUCCGUAUUUUCCCGCCCCAGUGUAUGAUGCUGGUAAACCCUCGGGGAAGGUUUUCCCCCGAAUCAACACGGUUUCAAAGCCGACAACGAGGACUCCGACCAAGAGCUUGUCUUGUCCUGAAGAUUGGCGAAAGGAUGGUGCACAGCCACAUGCGCAUCGGCGCCUGUAUAAAGACCGUGAGAAUCAGAUCAGACUCAUAUAUUUAACCGCGCUAUCCAACUUGUCAAAAUGGGGGACCACCCGCACUGCCCCUCACUGCCACAUUCAGCCAAAGUUGCUCCCAAGCACUUCUUCAAAACGCAAGACCAACGCCUCUCGGGUCUCGACCACCAAAGUUGUCGAUCACGACGACACUCAUGAUCGUGAUUGGCUCGAGUUACCCACAGAGCUACUGGAACAUAUAAUUCAGAACCUCGACGACGAGUCACUCUUUCAGCUGAGCCAGACUUGCAGAAAUCUUCACUAUCUAGCCCUCCCAGUCUGGUUUAAACGCAACUCCAUUGAAGUCCUGGCGAAUGGCUGGAUCGACGUUCAUAAACCGCGCAGUGAACAUAUACUUCCCGCCGUUCGAAUGGCACUUUUCGUGCCAAGCCUACGGGGUAUCAGAUACUAUUUCAACCCAGGUGCCGAUCGGGUUCUGCGAGAAUUCCAUGAGCUUCAUAGAUCGGCGGCGUGGAUGCCACCCGUUCAAGAGUUACGACUGCACUUUUCCGUGUUUGAAAACUGGAUGCAUCAUGAUAUCAAGCCAAACGUUGGGAGGGUCCAACUAGACGUGGAUGUGUGGAGAGGGCGGCUAACUGGCAUGCUUGAUCAAUUUCUGAAUAAGGGAUGCAAGGCAUUGUCCGUCACAGGCGGGACCACCAUAUGUUCCGCAUUUACAGCCACCAGAACGGCUGGAUCUAAAUUCCAAUUCUUCAAGGCUUUACCACGCUUUUGGAAUGUCAAGUCGCGCAAGAGUGAAGAGUUCACUCCUACUGCAUCCGGAAACGCCACAAUACAACCUUUUCCUUCCCCACUGGAGUUUAGAGGAAAGGAACAGUCUUUUGAGCCCAUCGCUCUUGAGGAAUUCCAUCUCCAUUCUUGCAUUCUCCUUCACCCACAAUUCCUCGACUGGACCUUGUCGAUGUUCCAGAAGUCACGGGCAAUCACUAUUUUGUCUCUCACAACUGCGAUGCAGCCCGGCGCUUUGGCCAACUUGCUCUCCAACAUCACUCUCCCUGUUCUUUCCAACUUUAAAAUCUCGUGUCCACUGGUCAUUCUUCUCCGCUUAGAGUCGGUCGAUUUCCCUAGUAUUCAAUCCUUCCUCACGCGGCAUCCCUCGAUUACCACUCUCCACGUCGACAGUGUCCUCUUUCCUCAUAAGUCUGCCACUCUAAAGAAGCCCAUCCUACCCCGCCUUCUGCGUCUCGCCGCUCAUCCAAACUACGUCACCUGGCUGCUUGGCCCCCAAGACGCUUUGCCUCAGCUUCAAAAAGUGACGAUUUCAUCACAUUUCGAGUCGUACGAUGUUGCUUUCGACUACGACUUAUUUGACGAUGCGAUUAGAUCGGUGGCUUCGAUUACCCGACAGGUGGCCCUUUGCAUCCGAUUCGCCUCCACACUAGGAGUGGAGGAUUGGUUCCGCAAGCACGUAGCCGCGGGGCCAAAAGGCAGUGUCAUCUCUCUUUUGAACGGAGUGAGAGAACUGAAAAUCUGUUGUCCUUAUUUCUUCAAUUGCUCUCCUAGUACACCAACUAUCUUAUCGGGUUUUCUGGCACUCUUUCCUAACCUGGAACAUGUCCACUUCAAGGAACACCCGCGCAAGCUUGAAGAGCUAUUGUUGGGACAGGCUUUCUUCGAAUCCAUCGCAUCUCAAUGCCCCACCAUCACGACAGUGAAGUUCGGCAAGUCAGAGCCCCAGGAGUUUUAUUCUUCGAGGGAGUGA